AUGUCCGACCCAGCAUGUCUCACAUGCCGAGAAAAAGGUCGUCGUUGCGACCGUACCCGCCCUGUUUGUCACCGAUGCAUCUCGAAGGGACUUCGCUGCGAAGGAUAUCCUGAUCGUUUCAGAUUUUGUGGCUUGGCAAGCCGGGGGAAACUGAAGGACCAGGUCAUUCCUGUGGGAAAGUCUCCCAGUCCGUCGCAAGAUACCCGACCGCAAAACUUUGUCGAUUCGAAGCCAAGCUACGAGCGACGGCUUGUUAGGAUCACCAACCCCGAACCGAACUUAGUACCAGUUCAAACUCCACAAUCAUCAUCUGGUUUAGCAAAACAUGAUUCGAAUUUCGCUCAACACGAUGCUCCUGGGAAUUUAGAUGAUAUUUUGAAGCUAAAGCAGACAGAAUUGCUUUUAUCUCACUCGGACAAACUUUUUCUUGGGAAAUCUGGCCUGGUGAGUAGUCCAUUCUUGUCACCGUUGGCCCUCUUUGAUUCAAAUGGUGAAAGGUUGGAUAUUAUUCGGUCCCUUGCCGACCCGGAACGUCUUUGUUUUUCAUCAGAGAUUCGAGAGGCUAUCUUUACAUUGAGCGACGCUAAGUUUGAACGGGUCAACGGUUGUCCUCGGGAUCUGUUCUUGAUCCUUGGUAACGUAUUGGACUAUGCAAAAGCACUGGCUGCUGGGGAGAUCCAAAAAUCGCAAUAUGAACAGCUUCUCCUAGCUUCCCGAGCCCGAUUUGAAACCUGGGAAUUGGAGCACAGUUUAUAUCCAAAUGAUGACCCGCGCUGGGUCGCAGUGGCCGAGGCUUUCCGUCACGCUUGCAUUUUGCAUACCUCCAGGCUUUUGGACGUUACUGAGCCCUCUGAGACACCCGCUAUCCAGAGAUCAGUCACUGCUAUCCUGAAUGCAGCCUCGGAAAUACCAAGUGACUGCGGCUUGAUCGAGUUGCUAGUCAUGCCAUUGUUCUUGGCUGGUGUGGAUACAUUAGAAGCCCAUGCGCGUCACUAUGUGCUAAUACGACUCGAUGAUAUCAAAUCUCGAGCAGGUUUUGGCAAUGCGACGCCUGUUGCCUUGUUAAAUAUUGUGUGGGAUGCACGUCGGAAUCAACCACGAAAUGAUCCUAGCAAUGUCCCGUGGAUGCAAUUUGUACGUCCUACUCCUUGA